AUGUCUGCUAUUUCUCCAAGUGAAGCCUUAGUUGCUGCAAGUGUGCUGAAGGCCGAAACCUCGGUUGUUGUGGAACAGGUUCCUGCCACCACCGUAUCCACAGGCGAUGCCACGAUAACUGCCACUGGUUCAACAUCUACAGAGACGCAGAAAGAUACAAAUUCACAAGCUGUAGAUGAUAGUGCUACUGGUACACCGGCACCUUCAGUUUCUGUCGUACUCUCGCCACCGAAAACGACGGAGGAAUUGAUUGCAGCUCGCGCUCUCAAGCGCAUUGCGAGGAGGACAGCUAUCAGGGAGAAAGCUGAAGGGUACAAGCGAGCGGGAGACAUUCUUUUUGACUCGAGGAAUUAUAAAGCCUCAUACGCUCAAUAUCUACUGGCCAUUGACCUGUGCCCUUCGAAGCCAUCCUACUUUAUCAGCCUCGCUGCUGCAUAUCGUAAACUGAAGUGGUAUGAAGAAGCUGCACACGCAGCAACUCGGGCGCUCACCUUAGAUCCUAAAAAUACGGAAGCCCGCUACGUGCGAGGUGUUUCCCGCCUCGAACAACGGCUCUUAAGGCCUGCCAAAAUCGAUUUUGAAACCGUGCUCGAACACGACCCCAGCCACCUACUUGCCCGCGCCGCGCUCACAGAAGUGACCCAUUUCAUCGAAACUAGCACCCAGCUCGGGACACAUGCUCUCGGUCCGAACCCCGUCGACGAGCUCGUCAAGGACGUCGAUUUCAGUUUCCCUCACUACGACCAAGAUGCGCUCGAAAUCGCCGAACUAUCCGACUCGAGCGACUGCCAUCACGUCGGAAACGGUGUCCAAUGCAGAUUUUACAAUCAUGACGGCUGUAGCCGCGGCAGCGCCUGUACGUUCUCUCAUGCACCUGAUGAGAAGAGCGUACGUGACGACCUCGGCAAGAAUGUGUGUAUCUACUUCCUUCUCGACUCGUGCAAAUUUGGCCCCGCAAAAUGCAUCUACUCGCACUCCAAAGUUGCCCUUCCUAAACACGGAUGGUGGACAAGCCCCGAGCAAAUUGCGAAAGUAAAGUCUGUUCUUGAAGUUGCAGAACAAAAGUCUCGCGAACAACGCCAACUCGAGAACGAACGGUGGAAGGCCUAUGUCAAGGCGAUGAAGGCGGGGAUGGCCAAGCCGCCGAAGUCCGCUGGCAUAAAAAAGGAAAAGAAAGAGGGAGGUCCAGAGGCUGCAGCCUCCCCAACGGAGCCUACGACACCCAAAUCCGCAGUGCCAGCGGGACAGAAGAAAAAGGAAAGCGGGAAACCGAAUGGUACUCAACGCCGCAAAGGACCCGCUUCCGGGAACAGGAGAAAGAAACCUGCGUCUGCAACAGACAAUGCAUCUGCACCGACCACGACAGAUGCCGGCCAACCCCCGGCCACGACAGACAACACGACGUCUAGUUUCACGGAUUACAAAUUGAACGUUCCUCCGUCUGAUGUUAAGCCCGAACCCACGGAGACCCUUUCUUACUAA